GCCUUUACUAUUCUGCAUAAUGUCGACCGUGUCAUUCCCUGGCACAGCAAGCCACACGCGUUCACAUCCGUCUGUUCAGGAAGACUUCUUUGGGUCAUCAUACGAUCCGUCUUCCUCGUUCCAGAUGAACCCAGCAUCACCGCAUCCGCCGCGCACACCUCGCACUUCGGUCAUAUCAAAUACAGAAUCAUAUGUAUAUGGCUCAGAUGUAUAUGCUUCAUCUGUGUCUCAUCAAGAAGAAACGCAAGAAAAGCCGGAGACCGCACAUUUUGAAGAGGAAGAAGUUGCUGAGGAUGUUGAGGAAGACGUAGACGAGAAGGCCGUCCAGAAGGUGAAAACUCCUGAAGUAUGGCGUGAAGUAUUGAGAACAAGCUCAGGUCGAGACAAAGCCUUCAAAAUAAUGCAAUACACGUUGCGCGUCUAUCUACUUUUUCAUGGCACAGUAGGCUCGAGUCGUAUGUUUGCAAUGCGGAAGAAGACAAAUUGGGAGAUAGAACUCGUCAAGCGAAUGGAAAGCACGGCUUCAAGCCUCUCGACGACUCGGAAAGCCUUGAUUAUGUUCAACUGGCUAACGCCUCUUACCUCAAUACUCUCCGCACAAGACGACGAACUUAGUUUCUCGGAGAAGUCACCCAAGGAAAAAGAAACAUCAAAGCCAUUGUUGCAACUAUUCCUUCGUGCUCCGCCUCCCGCCCUAUUGGAUUUUGUAAACGGUCUUUCGGACGAUAUAUAUGCAUUCUACAGACUUGGUUUAAUAGGAAAGAAGACUGGUGAAAGGGCAGGCAGAUUCUCCGACUGGUGUUGGUUCUUCGGGACUUUGAUCGCCUUGAUCGAACUCGGGUUCGAACGUAAUAUAACUAAAAGCAAGAUCCAAGCUGUCGAAUCAAAGUUGUAUUCCGAUUCGAUCUCGGGCGCGACAGAGAAGUCCAAGUCUUCCGCGUCGCGAGUUGCGGAGAAAGAGCUUGAGAAACUGCGUAGGCAAGACUUCUGGCUGCGUAUACAGCGGACCAAGUUACUCCUUGAUUUACUCUUUGUUUCGUAUGAGGUAUUCAAAAUCAAACCUCUGCGUGACACGGUGAAGCCCUUCGCAGGCCUUGGAGCCGCGGUGCUAAGCACGGCGAGGCUCUUCCAUAACCAUCGGACGGCUCUAAUUCUCAAAGAAUCCCGCCAAUGAUAUGAACACCCUUAGAUUCAUCAUUAUUCCCUCGUUGGAUAGAUUUCUCUUCUGACCUCUACCCAUUCUUCCGUCCUUUCACUGGUCUGUGUUUUAUUUAUGCCCCUUUGUAUAAACAUACGUAGAUAUCCUCGGGGCUUUUCCUGCUUACAUGGGCUCCACUCUCUCAACAGUACGCUUCUAAUCUCCUACAUUCUCAUCCGUUUAACUCGUUGGCCUACGCGCCCACCGUUUGACCCCAUGAAUGUCUCUUGGCUUUGGCUUCCAUGUCCUGGUACAAAUAACCAUAUACCAACAGACUAAUAUUACCAUAUUG